UUCGUGGUUUAUGCUGAGAUCUGUCAUGCUGUUUUAUGUGGGCUGUACGAUGUAACAUCAACGUUCGGAACACGCAAGCCGGGGGGAAAAAAAUCAGGCGCCAUGAAACAGUAUUCCGUACUGUAAACAAGCGCUUGUUAGUCGGAUUCAACUUUCCAGCUGGCAACUUGUUAGUCGGAUUCAACCUUCAAGCUGCCAAGGCUGUUGGAUCGAAAGAGGGAACUGCAAAAACGGAUCUGAAUAUCCUGGCGAAAAGCGUCAUCUUGCGUGCGUGUUAAGCCGCGAUGGCAAUCCGUUCUUGUCUCGAACUCGCCUGCCAUUUUAUAAGAAAAAUCAAAGCCAGCUCUCUCAAUCCACAUUGCCUUUCCUCCUUCCCGCUGCCACCACACCCAUCCACAAAUCGCUAGGCUAGGGUUUGACACGCCGCCGGCCGCCGCCAUGUCAGCGCUAGGUCCGCUGCGCCGCUGGAAGCGCUUCUUCUCGGUGUUCGGUCAAAUCGACGCCGCCAUCGAAGCCGCCCACCCGUCCAUCUCCCGCGACGAGUUCCGGUCCCUAAGGGGCAGAAUCGUCGAGAUGCUGUGCGACUCCGAAGACGACGACGAGAGAGCGGAGCAGCUCUGCUUAGCUCUCGACGGCGCGAUGGCGGAGUCCCUCGUCACGCUGCUGGAGGUGCCCGUGUCGUCGAGGGUGCUGGUGUCAGGCGACCUUCCUAAGUCCGUCUCCGCCCUGGGGCAGCACGAGUCGGCCCGGAUCCGCAGCCUCACGCGCGGCGUCGUGCGCGGGUGGCGGUCAGCCGUCGAGAGUGAACUGGAGAGCGCCAAAGCGGCUAUGGAGGCCCUGAACAACCUGUCUCAUCUGAUGCCGCCUGAGAAAGAGAGACUCGCCUCCAACAGUCAUGUGCCCAUCGCCGCCGGCAAAGACGAGACGCGAAUCAAACACACGCCGGCCAAAUUUCCAUCGAAGAGGACUCCCAACAUCACCGGCAAAGACGAGACGCAAAUCAAAGACACGCCGGCCAAAUUUCCAUGCAAGAGGACUCCCGUCGCUGGCAGCAGUUGCAGUGAAUCCCGCGAGGUGCUGGCUACAAAGCGUAAGCUCCGAGAGGGCUACCAGGAGGUCGAGAACGCCCAGAGUCAGCGCAAGACCCGCGUCAUCGAGGAACCCAAGAUGUUAGAACAGCCGAAGCAGAAGAAAAUGCAUCCCAUGAUCACACCACGGGAGAGUAGCCGAGCAAGAUGUGGGAACCUAACCACCGUGAGGCGUUCUCUGAUGCCUUCCUUCAUGGUUUAGAAUUCUGUAGCGGUUCAGAGUUUGUUGUGCACUGCUGCAGUCGUGUAAUGUGAUGGGAUGAUUACUAUGUUGGACGUGUAAUGGUGAUUGAAUUGUUUAUUAUGUUACUGAUGAACUUGUUGUUCAAGUGAUAUUUAUUACUUACAGAAUUGCACUUGCUUCUUCCAA